GGUGCGACGACGUGCGAGUUUGGCGGCUGCUGGCUGGCUGGCAACUAGCACAAGAAGUCGCCUCGUUACAACCUUGUCGUCGGCCCACCAGAACGGUUCUUCUGGUUCUUAACCCGGCAAAGCUGCCUACGUUGUCGUCGAGGUCUCGUGCAAUCCAGCGCUGCCAUGUCGGCGAAGGCCAUCUCGGAACAGACGGGCAAGGAGUUCUUGUUCAAGCACAUCUACACUUCAGUGGCCGUGCAGAACCGCUUCCGUUAUGCCAGCGUUACCGCCGAGACCGACUGGGCUAGUCUGACACAAGAGCACCCUUGGCUGCUAACAGAGAGACUGGUGGUGAAGCCGGAUCAGCUGAUCAAACGACGGGGGAAGCUGGGACUGGUGGGCCUCAAUUUGGACCUGUCAGGUGUUCAGGAGUGGCUUAAAAGCCACCUCAUGAGAGAAACCACCGUGGGCAAGGCAAAGGGCGUGUUGAAGAAAUUUCUCAUCGAGCCGUUUGUUCCACACAAACAGGAGGAGGAGUUUUACGUGUGCGUGUACGCCAUGCGCGAGGGCGACCACGUGCUCUUCCACCACGAGGGCGGCGUGGAGGUGGGCGACGUGGAUUCCAAAGCCCAGCGGCUGUUGGUCGCCGUGGACGACAAACUCACCGAGGAUCACGUCGCCAAGCAGCUGCUCGCACACGUCCACGAUGAGAAGAAAGCAAUUCUGGCCAACUUUAUAGUGAGUCUCUUCAACCUCUAUGAGGAUCUGUAUUUCACCUACCUGGAGAUCAACCCUUUAGUCGUCACCCAAAAUGGCGUUUACAUCCUGGACAUGGCGGCCAAGAUAGAUGCCACGGCCGAUUACAUCUGCCAGGCCAAGUGGGGUGAUGUGGAAUUCCCGCCGCCUUUUGGCAGGGAAGCUUAUCCGGAGGAAGCCUACAUAGCCGAUCUGGAUGCAAAGAGCGGUGCCAGUUUGAAGCUGACGAUACUGAAUCCUCGUGGCAGGAUUUGGACAAUGGUAGCAGGGGGCGGUGCUUCCGUAGUAUACAGUGACACCAUCUGCGACCUGGGCGGCGUGGACGAGCUGGCAAACUACGGCGAGUACUCUGGCGCGCCCAGCGAGCAGCAGACGUAUGACUAUGCCAAAACCAUCCUCUCGCUCAUGACCCGUGAAAAGCACACUCAAGGAAAGGUGCUGAUCAUCGGAGGAAGUAUUGCCAACUUCACUAAUGUAGCAGCCACAUUCAAGGGUAUUGUCAGGGCCAUCAAAGACUACCAGGGUCCUCUGAAGGAGAAUGAGGUCACCAUCUUUGUUCGACGGGGUGGGCCCAACUACCAGGAGGGGCUCAGGGUAAUGGGGGAAGUGGGGAAGACCACAGGUAUUCCUAUUCACGUAUUUGGUACUGAGACACACAUGACAGCAAUUGUGGGCAUGGCGCUCGGACACAAACCCAUCCCCAACCAGCCACCGAUGGACGCUCAUACUGCUAACUUCCUGCUGAAUUCAAGCAAUAAUGUGAUGACACCAGCAACCACAAGGACAGCCUCCUUCUCCGAACCCAGGCGGUCCAAUGACGUCGCUCCUGCCAAAAAGUCCAAAGCGGGUCUACCAGCAGAAGUGCAGGCCUCGUCAGGCUGCAGCGGAGCCAAAGCCACCACACUGUUCAGCAGGCACACCAAGGCCGUGGUGUGGGGCAUGCAGACGCGAGCCGUGCAAGGGAUGCUGGACUUUGACUACGUGUGCUCCCGGGACGAACCUUCAGUGGCCGCCAUGGUUUACCCCUUCACUGGCGAUCACAUGCAAAAGUUCUACUGGGGCCACAAGGAGAUCCUGUUGCCGGUCUACAAGAGCAUGGCCGACGCUAUGAAGAAGCACCCUGAGGUGGACGUGCUGAUCAGCUUUGCAUCACUACGCUCGGCCUUCGACAGCACAAUGGAGACCAUGCAGCACCCGCAGAUCCACACCAUUGCCAUCAUCGCAGAGGGCAUCCCCGAAGCUCAGACCAGGAGGCUGAUCAAGACAGCGGAUGAGAAUGGUGUCACCAUCAUCGGGCCCGCCACGGUCGGCGGCAUCAAGCCGGGCUGUUUCAAGAUCGGCAACACUGGUGGCAUGCUGGACAACAUCCUAGCCUCCAAGCUCUAUCGCCCCGGCAGCGUGGCGUACGUGUCGCGUUCAGGGGGCAUGUCCAACGAGCUCAACAAUAUCAUCUCCCGCACAACCGACGGCGUCUACGAGGGCGUGGCCAUCGGAGGAGACAGAUACCCUGGCUCCACCUUUAUUGACCAUGUCCUUCGGUACCAGGACACUCCAGGCAUUCAAAUGAUUGUGGUGCUGGGAGAGAUUGGUGGCACAGAGGAGUACAACAUCUGUCAGGGCAUCAAGGAGGGCAGGAUCACCAAACCGGUUGUGUGCUGGUGUAUCGGAACCUGCGCCACCAUGUUUGCAUCAGAGGUCCAGUUCGGCCAUGCCGGGGCAUGUGCCAAUCAGGCGUCUGAGACGGCGGUGGCCAAGAACCAAGCCCUGAGGGACGCCGGAGCGUAUGUACCCAAGAGCUUUGAUGAGCUGGGUGAGGUCAUCAGAACGGUUUAUGAUGAACUGGUGGCCAGUGGUACCAUUGUUCCUGCUCAAGAGGUGCCACCCCCAACAGUACCGAUGGAUUACUCGUGGGCCAGGGAGUUGGGCCUGAUCCGUAAACCGGCCUCCUUCAUGACCAGCAUCUGCGACGAGCGAGGCCAGGAGCUCAUCUACGCCGGCAUGCCCAUCACCGAGGUCUUCAAAGAGGAGAUGGGCUUAGGAGGAGUGCUGGGCCUUCUCUGGUUCCAACGCAGGUUGCCUCGCUACGCCUGCCAGUUCAUUGAGAUGUGCCUGAUGGUGACGGCCGACCACGGGCCCGCUGUCUCCGGCGCGCACAACACCAUCGUCUGCGCGCGAGCCGGCAAAGACCUCAUCUCCAGCCUCACGUCGGGCCUUCUCACCAUCGGGGACCGUUUUGGCGGCGCCCUCGACGCAGCCGCCAAGCAGUUCAGCAAAGCCUUCGACAGCGGCAUGCUGCCCAUGGAGUUUGUCAACAAGAUGAAGAAGGACGGCAAGCUCAUUAUGGGCAUCGGACACCGUGUCAAAUCAAUCAACAACCCGGACAUGCGGGUGCAGAUUCUGAAGGACUUUGUGAAGCAGCAUUUUCCUUCCACUCAGCUCCUCGACUACGCCUUAGAUGUAGAGAAGAUCACCACCUCCAAGAAACCCAAUCUCAUCCUCAACGUAGAUGGUUUUAUCGGCGUCGCCUUCGUGGACCUGCUCAGGACGUGUGGUGGCUUCACACGCGACGAGGCUGACGAGUUUGUGGAGAUCGGCGCGCUGAAUGGCAUCUUUGUCCUCGGCCGGAGUAUGGGUUUCAUCGGCCACUACCUGGACCAGAAGAGACUCAAGCAGGGUUUGUACCGUCACCCCUGGGAUGACAUCUCCUACGUGCUUCCUGAACACAUGUCCAUGUGACGCGUUACCACCUCUCGCCCGCCUAACGUUUACGCUCUGUCUCGCCCCUCUGCCUUGGAAAAUGUCGACAGAAGAAGUAGUACCAGUAUAUCCUGGUUGACAGUUCUCAGUAGAAGCAUUCAAUCUAUUUUUUAAUGGAUGAAAAGGGGAAGUAUAUUUUUAGAUUUAGUUUUUGACAGCAACAGUAAAUCAGUGACUUUGUGGCCAGAGCACAAAGAAAAGGGAUUUGGAUUGCUUCUGUAUUUGGACCGCAUGGAAUCAGGUGAAAUGCAAUACCUUGUCUGGUUUAUAUUUAUCAUGACUCCUUAUUUAUUCUAGUCAAGGUUUAGGCCUUCAGUCAGAAGAUACGCCUCCGUGUUUUCUACCUUUAUGGUACGCCUAUAUGUUUUCUACCUUUUUAUUUAAGUUCGGGUUCAUCCAAACUCUUCAAAAUGCCUUGAGUUUCACUCCCUCGUCAGUUUGUGAUGAAGAAAGUCGGUUGACGAAAACCGUUGCGUAGCCCAGUCAAGACGGAGUAGAAUCUGCACUGUAAUCACUCAAAAAUGAAGAAAACCCAUGAAGUGCAAUGUUGGGAAAUGAUUUCUGAACUAAAUUUCCAUCAAUUACUUUAUAAACUUGACAUAACCUGGAGAUUUUAUCAUUUCCCCACUCACGACAAUGCUUUGUUUGAUCCUUGUGUUGCUUUUAUUAAACUGUGAAAAUAUGCUCUUUUUUUUGUAAGAAGCGGUUAUUUUAGUUUAAUAAAGACCUUGUUUUAAUUUUCA